AUGGGAGUACCGAAAUUCUACCGAUGGAUUUCAGAGCGAUACCCUUGCCUGAGUGAAGUUGUCAAGGAACAUCAGGUAUGAUAUCGAAAUUCUACUUUGCUAGUUAAUACUGUUGCAGUUAGCUAGCAAGCGAAAUAUAGCAGGCCUAUAACGGUUUCAUCUCCACGUAUUGCUGUUUCCACUCUGCUGCACUCGCUACUGAUAUGAUUACUAUGGUAAUAAAUAACUCAACAUGUUAUUGUACAGAUAAACAUAGCUACAGCUAGCAACCAAAUUUACUAGCUAAUUUCUUGUUUCACUCCAUUUCUCUCUAGGUAAAUUAGGCAGCUAGUUUAAGUUACUACUACCAGCUCCAUUUAGAUUAUCAUAACAUAUAACGUUAGCCUACAGUGUUUGAAUAAGGCCUAUGUUAGCUAGUUAUACUUAGUUAAGUAGCUAAAUAGAACAUUAACAAAUAACAAAUAUUACAGUCGUCGACCUGAUGCAACACUACCGAGAUCACUGCCAGUUUAGCAGAAAUGUAUCGCCAGCGGUGGUGGGAAAAAGUACGAAUUAUAUUGAUAGGUGCGUGAAUUUGACUAUAUUGAUGUCCUGCCUGAGCAUUCGAAAUUGCAACGAGUCCUUUUGGUUGUCAGGAAAAUGUAUGGGAGUAAAAAAAUAAAUUUUCUUUAGGAAUGUAGUGGAGUAAAAGUUGUCAAAAAUAUAAAUAGUAAAGUACACAUUUAAGUAGUACUUUAAAAUAUUUGUACUUUACAUCACUGAUCGCCAGGUAUGCAAUAUGCAUUAGGGUGUGGAAUAUUGACCUCAGGCCACAGUCGACUCUGUGACCCUCUGCCCUGAGUCAUGCCGUGGUUUAGCUACAUGCGUGUUAACUCUGCAUGUGCAUGUUUCCUAAAUAAUAAUCCACAUCUUCCUACAGUUUCCAAUUAAUCCCAUUAGUUCAUUUUUAUCCUCAACUCAUAAAUACACUUCCUCCAUUAUUCAAGGAUUGAUGCGAUUAUCCACUUGCUAUAGCUAGAUGGUAGAUAGACAGACUACUCCAACAUUCCCCUUUCCCCCUCUCCUCCAGAUUCCGGAGUUUGACAACCUCUACCUGGAUAUGAAUGGCAUCAUCCACCAGUGCUCCCACCCAAACGAUGAGGAUGUCCACUUCCGUAUCUCGGAGGAGAAGAUCUUUGCAGACAUCUUCCACUACCUGGAGGUGCUGUUCAGGAUCAUCAAGCCCAGGAAGGUGUUCUUCAUGGCCGUGGACGGGGUGGCUCCUCGGGCCAAGAUGAACCAGCAGAGAGGCAGGAGAUUCAGGUAAUGAUCAUGAUGAUAUUAACUUAAUUUGUACUUUAUGUGCUGUAUCUGUGAUAGAGUGACAUAGUGAUGGACCACACAUCGUCAUUACUCAACUAAUCAAUCACUUAUAUGUGUCUUGUUAAGGUCGGCCAAAGAAGCAGAGGACAAGAUAAAGAAGGCCCUGGAGAAAGGAGAGGUCCUACCCUCUGAGGCCCGCUUUGACUCCAACUGCAUCACACCAGGUAUGUAGCCUACUACAAAAUCCAUCCACUUCUCCACCCAUCUAUCUGUCAGCUCAUACCCUCAUCCAAAUCCUAGGUUUUAGGAUGUAGUUGUCAUGAAUGAAGGUGUUAGUAUUCAUUAGGGCACACCAUAGCAAAACGUUUUCUAACAGAAAAGGAAAUUUAGCUUUUCUUAUUUUCUUACUAUUUCUUAAGUUCAGGUUUUAGUCUGUUUUCUUCCAUUUCGUGCCUGAUGAAUACGACCCAUCAUGUCUCUCCUGUAGGGACGGACUUCAUGGCCAGGCUACAGGAGCAGCUCAAGUACUUUGUCAACAGUAAACUGUCCACAGACAAUGCCUGGCAAGGAGUCAACGUCUACCUUUCUGGACACGAGGUGAGGGCUGGGGACACUGUGUGUGUGUCUGUCAUUGUGUGUGUGUUUCCAUUGCACAUUUCCCAGAUUUCCCCACAAAUGUUUCAUAAUGUGUGUGUGUGUGUGUGUGUGUGUGUGUGACUUUACAUGUGUUUGCCUCUGUGACUGACUGUAACUAGGGUUGUGGCUGUCAUUACAUUUUGGCAGUUGGUUGUCAUGCAAAAGGCUGCCUGUCUAACGGUAAUUGACCGUUAAUUAACAUGAACACGUUUAGCAUCUUCAGGCCUCCACACAUACGCCUUUGGAACAUCUACAUUUAAAAAAAGUAUAAUAAAUCAAUUGAAAAUACACCACAAUAAAUCCAUUAUUUAUUUAUAAAGAAACACUAUGAUAUGAAGAAAAUAUAUUUCAGAAGAAUAGAAUGAGUUGGCCUACUGGAUGUUAUGUGGCUAUGCGCCAUGCUGUAGGCCUGUUCAUUUAGCAGACAAGAUAUGCUUAUACAGUGCAUUCGUAAAAAGUAUUCAGACCCCUUGAAUUUUCCACGUUUUGUUAUGUUACAGCCUUAUUCUAAAAUGUAUUAAAUAGUGACAAGGCCAAAAGUUUUUUGGGAAUUUUUGCUAAUGUAUAGAAUAAGAAAACCCGGAAAUAUCACAUUUACAUAAAUAUUCAGACCGUUUACUCAGUACUUUGUUGAAGCACCUUUGGCAGCGAUUACAGCCUCAAGUCUUCUUGGGUAUGAGGCUACAAGCAUGGCACACUUGUAUUUGGGGAGUUUCUCCCAUUCUUCUCUGCAGAUCCUCUCAAGCUCUGUCAGGUUGGAUGGGGAGCGUCACUGCACAGCUAUUUUCAGGUCUCCAGAGAUGUUAGAUCGGGUUUAAGUCCGGCCUCUGGCUGGGCCACUCAAGGACAUUCAGAGACUUGUCCCGAAGCCACUCCUGCGUUGUCUUGGCUGUGUGCUUAGGGUCGUUGUCCUGUUGGAAUGUGAACCUUUGCCCCAGCCUGAGAUCCUGAGCGCUCUGGAGCAGGUUUUCAUCAAGGAUCUCUCUGUACUUUGCUCCGUUCAUCUUUCCCUCGAUCCUGACUAGUCUCCCAGUCCCUGCCGCUGAAAAACAUCCCCACAGCAUGAUGCUGCCACCACCAUGCUUCACUGUAGGGAUGGUGCCAGUUUUCUUCCAGAUGUGACGCUUGGCCAUUAAGGCCAAAGAGUUCAAUCUAGGUUUCAUCAGACCAGAGAAUCUUGUUUCUCAUGGUCUGAGAGUCUUUAGGUGCCUUUUGGCAAACUCCAAGCGGGCUGUCAUGUGCCUUUUACUGAGGAGUGGCUUCCGUCUGGCCACUCUACCAUAAAGGCAAGAUUGGUGGAGUGCUGCAGAGAUGCUUGUCCUUAUGGAAGAUUCUCCCAUCUCCACAGAGGAACUCUAAAGCUCUGUCAGAGUGACCACCGGGUUCUUGGUCACCUCCCUGACCAAGGCCCUUCUCCCCCAAUUGCUCAGUUUGGCCGGGCGGCCAGCUCUAGGAAGUGUCUUGUUGGUUCCAAACUUCUUCCAUUUAAGAAUGAUGGAGGCCACUGUUCUUUGGUGUCCUUCAAAGCUGAAGACAUUUUUUUGGUACCUUCCCCAGAUCUGUGCCUCGACACAAUCCUGUCUCGGAGCUCUACGGACAAUUCCUUCGACCUCAUGGCUUGGUGUUUGCUCUGACAUGCACUAACUGUGGGACCUUUAUAUAGACUGGUGUGUGCCUUUCCAAAUCAUGUGCAAUCAAUUGAAUUUACAACAGGUGUUUCUACAACUUGAUUGGAGUCCAUCUCAAGGAUGAUCAAUGGAAACAGGAUGCACCUGAGCUCAUUUUCAAGUCUCAUAACAAAGGGUCUGAAUACUUAUGUAAAAAGGUAUUUCUGUUUUGUAUAUUUUAUAUAUUUACAAAAGUUUCUAAAAACCAGUUUUUGCUUUGUCUUUAUGGGGUAUUGUGUAGAUUGAUGAGGAAAAAUAUGAAUUCAAUCAAUUUUAGAAUAAGGUUGUAACGGAACAAAAUUUUGAAAAAGUCAAGGGGUCUGAAUACUUUCCGAAUGCACUGUAUACUACUGGUCAAAAGUUUUAGAACACCUACUAAUUCAAGGGUUUUUCUUUAUUUUUGCUAUUUUCUACAUUGUAGAAUAAUAGUGAAGACAUCAAAACGAUGAAAUAACACAUGAAAUCAUGUAGUAACCAAAAAAGUGUUAAACAAAUCAAAAUAUAUUUUAUAUUUGAGAUUCUUCAAAUAGCCACCCUUUGCCUUGAUGACAGCUUUGCACACUCUUAGGAGAUGGAAAUGAGAUAUUCUGUAACUAAAGGUAAUGUGUCAGCCUAUUAAUUAUGAAAAUACAAAACAUUCCCUAUUACUAUGCUAUUGAAAAUAAAAUACAAAUUCACUAUAAUUGUAGGCUAACUCUGAAUUUGUUAAAAACAUUUCUGCCUUCUUCAAUAUGCGGAUAGGCUAUGUAUUGCAGGGUUCCCCAACUGGUGGCUUUAUUUGGCCCCCCGAGUUUUCUGUUGAAUUUUUGUUGAUGAUCCCUGAUGUAUUGUAUAACGGCACAAUCAUUAUUUUAAUUCAGGGUUUUUUUGGGCCACGGGCUCAUAUAUAGGCCUAUGCGAAUGCAUAUAUCUCUAAAAUGCAUAUGGGUGUUUUGAAUUAAGCCUACAAUUUCUAAGGUGAUGAUAACUCUGAAUUUGUUUAAUUUAUGCGAGACCAAUUAUGUACCAAAGAUACCUUAAAUCUGUUUAAAAAAAAUGCUUUUCUGCCUUUAAUAUGCGGAUACGCUAUGUAUUGCAGGGUUUCCCAACUGGUGGCUUUAUUUGGCCCCCCAAAUUUUCUGUUGAAUUUUAGUUGUUGGACAUAAAAAAACUGUAAAAACACCAGGAAAUCGUCUCCAAGUGAUUUUAAUUUGGGAAAUCUGGGCGGCAGGUAGCCUAGCGGUUAAGAGCGCUGGGCCAGUAACCGCUGGGCUAGUAACUGAAAGGUUGCUGGUUCGAAUUCCCGAGUCGACUAGGUGAAAAAUCUGUCUGUGCCCUGGCGCAAGGCACUUAACCCUAAUUGCUCCUGUAAGUCGCUGUGGAUAAGAGCGUCUGCUGAAUGACUAAAAUAUAAAUGUAAAAUGUAUUUUCACGCAUAAUAGAGAGACACGUGAUCAUAUACAAAUGUUAGCAAGGUUUGAAAUGAUUGUUUUAGUCAAAUAUUAUAUCUGUUUGGGCUUCUUGCGGUCAAUUUGCAAUCUACAAAUAAUUUGUAAUUAUGUUCUGGCCCCCCCCAACCAUCCGCUCAAGAAGAAAUCGGCCCGCGGCUGAAUGUAGUUGAUGAUCCCUGAUGUAUUGUAUAACGGCACAAUCAUUAUUUUAAUUCAGGGUUUUUUUCGGGCACAGGCUCAUAUAUAGGCCUAUGUGAAUGCAUAUAUCUCUAAUAUGCAUAUGGGUGUUUUGAAUUAAUCAUCACCUUUAGAAGGCUUUUGAAACAACAUCCACAAUGACCAUGUUUUCCACUCACUUUCAACCUGUUGUUGAACUUCUUUCUUGAAAUUGAUCAAUCACAGUGAGGUGAGUUUUAAAAGCACAUACUGCCGGUGUCGCGGUAAUACGGCCACCGCAACAGCCCUAACUGUAACGCUGUUUCCCUCUCAGACGCCGGGAGAAGGAGAGCACAAGAUCAUGGAGUUUAUCCGCUCUGAAAACGCCAAGCCAGGACACAACCCAAACACUCGCCACUGUCUCUAUGGCCUGGACGCUGACCUGGUGGGUGGCCCGUGUGUGUGUGUGUGAGAGAGAGAACGAGAGAUGGCCCAGAUGUGUAUCAGGGAGGGUGUGUGAUAUGUAUUAUGUGUGUACGAUAGCAGAUGUGUACGUCUCUGGUAAUUUCUGUGUCAGAAUUUUACAGUUGUUCUCUUACUAGUUAGACUAACUCAGGUAUGCUGUGAUAUAAGGGCUGUUGUGUUAACUAUAAUAUCUCUCACUCCUCUCCUACAGAUGAUGUUAGGUCUGACCAGCCAUGAGCCACACUUCUCCCUACUUAGAGAAGAGGUCCGCUUUGGAGGGAAGAAAAACCAGAAGAGGUGUGUGUGUGUGUGUUUGUAAGACAGAGUAAUAAGUAGGGAAGGGCACUUAUUCGAAUAUCUGAACGGAAGUUAGUAUUCGAUUACUUGUGUGUUCAUUUUUGGAGGAAAAAAUUGUAGGCAAUUUAAAAAAGCUUUGUCUAUAUUAAAUGAAAUUACAUUGUGAGAUUGAUACAUACAGGGAUAUACCAUUACAUUUUACAUUCUUAAAAGCAAUCAUUUGAAUGUAGUUUUUAUGACGGUGCAUUGCGCUAGCGCAUGUAGCCCUAACAAUGCUAUGCUAUUUUCUCCACUUCAAAUAGCAAUUACAGGCACGCAUAUAACGGAGGUUCCACAAGACCUGACACAGAUCAAUGCAAAUGCAAAACACUCACCAGAAAGAUACUCAGUUCUAUCAGGGCGAAAAUCAGACUUCUCUUUCACUGUUGCUGUUAGCCAGAAACUACCGAAGAAUAGCAGCAUGUCCGGUGUUGUGGUAGCUUACUUCUGCCCUCAUAAUUUUCAUCUUCGGAUUGUUCAGGAUUUGUAAAAUUAUAUAAUUAUGCAUAUGUUUUUAUAGAAUUGACUAUCCGGAUAACUGCAAAAAUGUCAUCAUAUUAUUCUAAUAGUGAAAUAUACUGAACAGAAAUAUAAAUGCAACAUGCAACAAUUUCAACGAUUUUACUGCGUUACAGUUCAUAUAAGGAAAUCAGUCAAUUGAAAUAAAUUCAUUAGGUCCUAAUCAUGAGCAAGAUGGCACCAAUAGACAUGUCCACCUUGUUUAAGGCUCCUAAGCAACUUUGCGGUAUUUUUUGUUUGUCAUUUCUCACGUUCUGUAUUUCUUAAUUCCAUUAUUUUACUUUUUACAUUUGUGUGUAUUGUUGUGUAUUGUUAGAUAUUACUGCACUGUUGGAGCAAGGAUCACAAGCAUUUCGCUACACCCGCAAUAACAUAUGCUAAACAUGUGUAUGCGACCAAUAAAAUUUGAGUUAAUCUAUGUAUUUCACAUGACUGGGCAGGGGUGCAGCCAUGGGUGGGCCUGGGAGGGCAUAGGCCCACCCACUGGGGAGCCAGGCCCAACCAAUCAGAAUGAGUUUUUCACCACAAAAGGGCUUUAUUACAGACAGAAAUACUCCUCAGUUUCAUCAGCUGUCCGGGUUGCUGGUCUCAGACGAUCCCCAGGUAAAGAAGCCGGAUGUGUAGGUCCUGGGCUGGCAUGGUUACACCUGGUCUGCGGUUGUGAGGCCGGUUGGAUGUACUGCCAAAUUCUUUAAAACGACAUUGAAGGCGGCUUAUGGUAGACAAAUUCUCUGGCAACAGUUCUGGUGGACAUUCCUGCAGUCAGCAUGCCAAUUGCAUGCUCCCUCAAAACAUGAGACAUCUGUGGCAUUGUGUUGUGUGACAAAACUGCACAUUUUCGAGUGGCCUUUUAUUGUCCCCAGCACAAGGUGAACCUGUGUAAUGAUCAUGCUGUUUAAUCAGUUUCUUGAUACGCCACACCUGUGGAUGGAUUAUAUUGGCAAAGGAGAAAUGCUCACUAACAGGGAUGUAAUCAAAUUUGUGCACAACAUUUUAGAGAAAUAAGCUUUUGUGCUUAUGGAAAAUUUCUGGGAUCUUUAUUUCAGCUCAUGAAACAUGGGACCAACACUUUACAUGUUGCGUUUUAUAUUUUUGUUCAGUAUAAUUUCAAAUACCCAUCCCUAGUAAUAAGUAUGUAUUCCCCUCCUGCAGAAUAACUGCUCCAGAGGAGACAACCUUCCACCUACUCCACCUGUCACUAUUUAGGGAGUACAUAGACUACGAGUUCUCUGAAGUUAAGGUAAGACACAUUCACACAAAAUAAAAUCUUGCUGGAGUGUGACCAAUACAGUAGAUGCAACAUAAACACCCCUUUAAGUGAUGAAUACACACUAUCAGUUGUCUAUGAAUGGUUUGAAUAAGAAUAAGAUCAUAUGAUUAGUUGUUCCUUACAGUAAGAUCUCAUCCUGUUGGUUGUUUCUCAAUAAUAUCUCUUUCGAUUGGUUGUUUGACAGAAUAAGAUCUCAUUUGAGUACGACCUGGAGCGAAUCAUAGAUGACUGGAUCCUGAUGGGCUUUCUUGUUGGAAAUGACUUCAUCCCUCAUCUUCCUCAUCUUCACAUCAACCACGACGCCCUGCCUCUCCUCUACCGCACUUACAUCAGUGUGCUGCCAACACUAGGAGGUGAGAACACACGGACAAGCUCACAAAUUAGGGCUGACCCCAUUUAGUCGACUGGUCUAUUGUUUGUUCAAUAGGCUGUUGGUCGACCAAGAUUUUUUUUAGUCGAGCAGUUGCAAAUAUAUAUUUUUUAUGGCACGCGAGACACCUGUCUGAUUCGCGCCUGUCUCAGUGGACUAAUCCAUUGCGGAGGCAGCGGGGAUGCCACAGUCUAAGAAGAAGGGUAGUGUGAUGCACAACAGACAUCUCUCUCCAGAAUGUGCUCUCUCCUGCCAAGCAUGGUGGUGGUGGUGUGAUGGUUUGGGGAUGCUUUGCUGCCUCAGGACCUGGACGACUUGCCUUAAUAGAAGGAACCAUGAAUUCUGCUCUGUAUCAGAGAAUUCUACAGGAGAAUGUCAGACCAUCCGUCUGUGAGCUGAAGCUGAAGCGCAGCUGGGUCAUGCAGCAAGACAAUGAUCCAAAACACACAAUCAAGUCUACAUGAAAAUUGCUAAAAAGCAACAAAUUGGAAAUGUUGGAAUGGCCUAGUCAAAGUCCAGACCUAAUCCCAAUUGAGAUGUUGUGGCAGGACAUGAAACGAGCAGUUCAUGCUUGAAAACCCACACGUCACUGAGUUAAAGCAGUUCUGCAUGGAAGAGUGGGCCAAAAUUCCUCCACAGCGACGUGAGAGACUGAUCAACAACUACAGGAAUCAUUUGGUUGGAGUCAUUGCAGCUAAAGGUGGCACAACCAGUUAUUGAGUGUAAGGGGGCAAUUACUUUUUCACACAGGGGAAUUGGGUGUUGCAUAACUUUGUUUAUGAAAUACAUAUGUAAUUGUUGUUAUUUGUUCACUUAUUUUUACAUUUUAGUCAUUUAGCAGACGCUCUUAUCCAGAGCGACUUACUGGAGCAAUUAGGGUUAAGUGCCUUGCUCAAGGGCACAUCGACAGAUUUCUCACCUAGUCGGCUCGGGGAUUAGAACCAGCGACCUUUCGGUUACUGGCACUAUGCUCUUAACCACUUAUGUUCCCUUUAUCUAAUAUUAGGUUUUGGUUGAAGAUCUGAUAACAUUCAGGAUCACAAAUAUGCAAAAGUAGAGAAAAUUAGAAAGGGGGCAAAUACUUUUUCAUAGCACUGUAUAUCACCAGUAGUACAGCAAAUGUAGGCCUAUAAAUGUGCCCAUUUGGGGAAUCUGAUAGUAUUUCUGAUUUUCUUAACUCACCACCACUAAUGAGCUGUGGAGCUUCUCAAAGUAAUUUUUUCUUCACCUCAAACAACAAGUAGUCUGUUUUUACAUCCAUUGAGAAUGACAAUAGUUCCUGUAUGUAUUUGAAAAAUCUUUCCAGCUCUCUCCCUUUCGAUAACCACUCGGUGUGAAAGGGAAAAAUGUCAUGCUCUGAUCCAGUUGAAACGUCAUAAAAUAGGCCUACCUGAUUACUUCUUAUCCCUUGCACAUGGCCUACAGCUGUGUGUGUCCUGAGGGCCCAGAAUAUUUGUUGUUUUAAGUUUGCUAGCACAAGCUUCGGGCAGGACCCAGUUGAUAGUUGAUACAAUGUUUCAAGUUCAUUGCAGACAGGUCAUGUGUAGCCAAUGUGAAUUUAAAGGAUAUUAAUUUUAUCAGGAUAUUUUCUACCUGCAGGCUGCAAUGUUAUUUUUUUUUUGGCUUUAUAUAGGCUAUUUUUACAUAGCUGGCAAUAGAAGUUACUUUUAGAUUUGUGUCAUUUUCAUUUAGAUAGAAUUUCGAUUAACCACAUGACAAUGAUUUUGAGAUAGGAAGACAUUAUUCUAAAUGAAAUUAAACUGUUCCACGAAAUAUGCAUAUGAAAACCAUAACUGGCAUGCAGAUCGGUAGAAAUUGUAAGAUAAAUUGAGUUAUACUGUCUAACAUUUUACUAAUAAUAUGGUGAGUAAUAAGUAAUAAACUUUGUUGUCUUUUCUCAUCAUCAGGAUACCUGAAUGAGAAUGGCCACCUGAACCUGGGUAACUUUGAGAAGUACCUGGAGAAACUGUCAGAGGUAAGCGAGACCAGUAAACAUCCACUAUCAGUGGAAUGAUUUAAUUACCAUGAAUUUCUGAUUGUGAUACAAGUCGCUGUGAGUCUCACGCUCUCUUUCUUUCUCACACUUGUUUCGCAAUCUCUCUCUACCCUUUCUGUCUGUAUUUUCUCUCUUCCUCUCCCCCAGUUUGACAGGGAGCAUUUCAAUGAGGUGUUUGUGGAUCUGAAGUGGUUUGAGAGUAAGGUGGGGAACAAGUAUUUGAACGAGGCAGCGGGACUGGCAGCAGAGGAGGCUCACUGGAAGGAUUCCAGGAAGAAAGACCUGGUGAGACAUGACCACACACACACACACACACAUUCUACAAAUACAGAUGUGUGUAUGAAGAUCUUGCUGACCUGUGUGUGUUGUGUGUGUGUGCAGAAAGACUCUCUGUGUCUGGCUGCUCUGGAUGAGGGCAAGGACAGAGCCCCCAGCAGAGGUUUUGAGGAGGAUGGGGAGGAAGAAGACAUGUUUGAAGCAGAGUUCCGACAGUACAAACGCACCUACUACAUGACCAAGAUGGGAGUGGAGGUAGUCUCC